GUCGCGCUACAACAGACUGCAGCAAUUGCAGCCCCCAUGCAACAUGCUUACAAGGUGUUUGCACCUGCAAAAUUGGCUUCAAAGGUGAUGGGUACAACUGCACAGAAGUCAAAUAAUAGUGCAACAAAUGAACUCAAAGAGGUUCAGAGAUGGUGUAGCUUACCAUGUGGUGCAAAAUUAAGCUCAAAAGAGGAGCUUCUGCAUGGAAAUCCUGAUGUUGACGAGUGCUUAUUGCGGCCAAACGUGUGCCAUCGUCAUGCAAAAUGUCGUAACGUGAAUGGGUCGUACAUCUGCCAGUGCAAGGCCGGUUAUGCAGGCAACGGUUAUAACUGCACAACUAACUCAAAAGCUUGUAUGGAUUCAUUUGAUCGACAAUACAACGAGCAGUGCGGGACGGAAAACUGGCGUGAGCACUACUAUUUCGAUCACGAUAGCAGCCGCUGUACAUUGUUUUGGUAUGAUGGAUGCCCCGGCACUUCCAUGAACAUUUUUUCAAAUUUGGAGACCUGUGAAGCUUUGUGCGAAAUAACCAAUGUACUCAGCAGAGCAGGCCAGUUUUGUUUCGGUUCUAAUUCUGUAUCAGCACAAUCCGAUAAUAAAAAAAAGCUUUAG